UCCAGUAUUUAUUUGGGGGGGGUGGGGAGAGAGAAGAGUGUCUAGGUCAAGUGGGCAAGAAAGACACAGGCAUUUUUCUCAACUGGGCACUCUGCUGAGUGGCAUUUUCCACCCAGACAGUUCCACGGAACGCUGACAGCAUAACAUUCUAGAAGAGAUGCCAAAUCCAACUGAAUAAUGUUCUGACACCCUAGAGUUUGAGAAAGUAAAGAUUAUGUUCUCAACAAUGUCUAGAAUAUUCUCCUAGAAUUCAGGAUCUCACAUUCACCCUGGCUACCUUUUUGCUCAAUAUUGUUCUCCGUUCACUUGGUGGCCGAUGCGUGGACGAUCUGCUGACUCAACAACGCAUCAGCAGUUCUUUGCUAAUUUUCAGUGUCCAACCUCCUCAAAUAUUCUCCUUGAGUUUCCUGAUGACACCAGCUCUCAGUGACAGCACGGACACGCCCCUCGCCGGCUCCUUCUCUCUCCACCACGUCCGGCUGCACGCUAGCCUCCCCAGCUCUCAUACUCAUACUCUUCCUUCAUGUCUAUUUUUAGUUUUCCUGGCUCAGGCGUCCCCAGGCCACUGAAACACAACCCCCUCUCUCCCCUCUGCGUCUCCCUCUGGCAUGCCAGCUGCCGGCAGGAGCCCCCCGGUUAACCCUGCCGCAGAAAUCCUCUAGGACUCCUUCCUCGGGAAAACCUCUGACUUCGGGAUCACAGCUCAGCUUUUAAGAUGGACAGAAGCUGGAUGACCUUCUGAUGGGCUCGAGCUUCGAAUCUGGAUGUGGACACUUCUCUCUCAGAUGACAGAAUCACUCCAACUUCCCCUUAGCCGUUGCUUCCUUCCCUUGCAGGGAGCUGUAUCUUGUUUUCUUUAAAAAACCUUUUCCUUCCAAAUUUGCCUGCCAUGCCAACCGUCAUUAGCGCGUCCGUGGCCCCACGGACAGGGGCCGAGCCCAGGUCCCCGGGGCCGAUUCCCCAGCCGGGCCAAGGCAAGACCACCGAGGCCGGGGGCGCAAACCCAAGUGGCAUCUAUUCAGCCAUCAUCAGCCGCAAUUUUCCCAUUAUUGGAGUGAAAGAGAAGACAUUUGAGCAGCUUCGUAAGAAAUGUCUAGAAAAGAAGGUUCUUUAUCUGGAUCCAGAGUUCCCACCAGAUGAGACCUCUCUCUUUUACAGCCAGAAGUUCCCCAUCCAGUUCAUCUGGAAGAGACCUCCGGAAAUUUGCGAGAAUCCCCGAUUUAUCAUUGGUGGAGCCAACAGAACUGACAUCUGUCAAGGCGAUCUAGGGGACUGCUGGUUUCUCGCAGCCAUUGCUUGCCUGACCCUGAAUGAGCGCCUGCUUUUCCGAGUCAUACCCCACGAUCAGAGUUUCACCGAAAACUAUGCGGGGAUCUUCCACUUCCAGUUCUGGCGCUAUGGAGACUGGGUGGAUGUGGUUAUUGAUGACUGCCUGCCGACUUACAACAAUCAACUGGUUUUCACCAAAUCCAACCACCGCAAUGAAUUCUGGAGUGCUCUGCUGGAGAAGGCUUAUGCAAAGCUCCAUGGUUCCUAUGAGGCUCUGAAAGGUGGGAACACUACAGAGGCCAUGGAGGACUUCACAGGAGGGGUGACAGAGUUUUUUGAGAUCAAGGAUGCUCCCAGAGACAUGUACAAGAUCAUGAAGAAAGCCAUCGAGAGAGGCUCCCUCAUGGGCUGCUCCAUUGACGAUGGCACAAACAUGACCUAUGGAACCUCUCCUUCUGGACUGAAUAUGGGGGAGUUGAUUGCACGGAUGGUGAGGAAUAUGGAUAACUCACAGCUCAGGGACUCAGACCUCGUCCCCAGAGGCUCAGAGGACAGACCGACUCGGACCAUUGUUCCGGUUCAGUAUGAAACCAGAAUGGCUUGCGGGCUAGUCAAGGGCCAUGCCUACUCGGUCACUGGGCUGGAGGAGGCUCUGUUCAAGGGUGAGAAAGUGAAGCUGGUGCGGCUGCGGAACCCCUGGGGCCAGGUGGAGUGGAACGGCUCCUGGAGUGAUGGAUGGAAGGACUGGAGCUUUGUGGACAAAGCUGAGAAGGCCCGUCUGCAGCACCAGGUCACUGAGGAUGGAGAGUUCUGGAUGUCCUAUGACGAUUUCAUCUACCAUUUCACAAAGCUGGAGAUCUGCAACCUCACGGCUGAUGCCCUGGAGUCCGACAAGCUGCAGACCUGGACGGUGUCUGUGAAUGAGGGCCGCUGGGUGAGAGGCUGCUCUGCCGGAGGCUGCCGCAACUUCCCAGACACUUUCUGGACCAACCCACAGUACCGUCUGAAGCUCCUGGAGGAGGACGAUGACCCUGACGACUCGGAGGUGAUCUGCAGCUUCCUGGUGGCCCUGAUGCAGAAGAACCGGCGGAAGGACCGGAAGCUGGGGGCCAACCUCUUCACCAUUGGCUUUGCCAUCUACGAGGUUCCCAAAGAGAUGCAUGGGAACAAGCAGCACCUGCAGAAGGACUUCUUCCUGUACAAUGCCUCCAAGGCCAGGAGCAAAACCUACAUCAACAUGCGAGAGGUGUCCGAGCGCUUCCGCCUGCCUCCCAGCGAGUACGUCAUUGUGCCUUCCACCUAUGAGCCCCACCAGGAGGGAGAAUUCAUCCUCCGGGUCUUCUCUGAAAAGAGGAACCUCUCUGAGGAAGUUGAAAAUACAAUCUCCGUGGAUCGGCCAGUGAAAAAGAAAAAAAACAAGCCCAUCAUCUUCGUUUCGGACAGAGCAAACAGCAACAAGGAACUGGGUGUGGACCAGGAAUCAGAGGAGGGCAAAGACAAAACGAGCCCUGAUAAGCAAGAGAAAUCCCCACAGCCGCUGCCUGGCAACACUGACCAAGAAAGCGAGGAGCAGAUGCAAUUCCGGAACAUUUUUAGGCAGAUAGCAGGCGAUGAUAUGGAGGUCUGUGCAGAUGAGCUCAAGAAUAUCCUUAACACGGUUGUGAACAAACAUAAGGACUUGAAGACACAAGGGUUCACGCUGGAGUCCUGCCGUAGCAUGAUUGCUCUCAUGGAUACAGACGGCUCUGGGAGGCUGAACUUGCAAGAGUUCCAUCACCUCUGGAAGAAGAUUAAAGCCUGGCAGAGAAUUUUCAAACACUAUGACACAGACCAAUCUGGUACCAUCAACAGCUACGAGAUGCGAAAUGCAGUUAAUGAUGCAGGAUUCCGCCUCAACAGCCAGCUCUACGACAUCAUUACCAUGCGCUAUGCAGACAAGCACAUGAACAUAGACUUCGACAGCUUCAUCUGCUGCUUCGUCAGGCUAGAGGGCAUGUUCAGAGCUUUUAAUGCAUUUGACAAGGAUGGAGACGGUAUCAUCAAACUCAACGUUCUAGAGUGGCUGCAGCUCACCAUGUAUGCCUGAACCAAGCUGGCCUCAUCCAAGGCCAUACAGAUCACUCAGGAUUUCCAUUUCAUCCAAUAUAGCUAGAGCCACUUACCUCAAAGGACACAAUAGCUGCGCUGCCCUGCCCCCCAGCACACCUCCAGGCGCCUCAACGGUCUUGUUCCUCCUCUACUUCACUCCCCACUCGGCCUCAGGGCAUCUGUCCAUCUGCCACGCCCACAUUGACCCUUCAGUUAAGGAAUGAAAAAGAACAAUUUUGUCCCUUUGCCACAUGGAGCUAAGUGUCUGUCUGCCUCAGCAAGUUGCAGCCCAGCUGAGAGGUUUGCUCAGAAUCGGAGUGGCCUCGGCUCUGAAGUAAAUGCCCUCCUUAGCUUGCCCUAGGCUGCUCAGAGAAGCAUUUGCCAAUGGCACUCUGCACUUCCCGUGCUGGAGUCCCCCAUCGCCUUCGUGUUCUGCCACCCAUGGGACAGUAACCAAACUAGCACUUGGUUCUGUCUCAUUGUUUCAGGAUGGGCCUGCUCCGGGAUAAACUAGCUCAGUGGAAGAGGGCUGGAUACUUUGGGCUGUCUGACUCAUAAGUUUGGCUGCAUUCUGAAAAAGAGUUGAUCUAAAUAAAGGCAUGUGUACGGCUGGUUCAGUUGUGUUUUGUCUUCUCACAUUUAGAAUAUCAGCCAGAGCAGGGCUGAGUAGCGUCCAAUGUUACACUUAACUGUCAUGCAGAGAGCCCAAGUUUCAGAAGACAAUGGAAAACACAUGCACACACACAAACAAAACCUGGACCCCAUGGUAAUCUUGCCUAUUGGUAUUUCUUGAACAUAGGAAUCACUCUGAUACUUUUCAAGAUCAAUGAGAAAAGGAAAGGGAAGAGCUGUUGGUGUAUAGAAUAUCAAGAAUAAAUUAGUUGCCCUGUCACUGGAGGGGCCAGUUACCGGAGUGUAAUGGAAGAGAGAUGCAGAUAUAGUUUUUGGUUUUGCUGAGUGUCCAGUAUACAACACUGUGAUUCGACACCUUGUAUACACCAUGAAGUAAUCACCCACAAGUCUGCUUACUAUCCAUCACCCUACCAUUGAUGCCCUUUCAUGCUUAUAACCACCCAGCCCUGUCCCCCA